GGGGCUAAAGGUCAAACUGCGAUCAUCCGAUUUACUUUUAUUACAUUUUGCAGCAUUUUCCACAAAGUCAAUGUAAAUUAGUGCGCAUGAGAAAUUAUCUUUAAAUAUGGAAUAUUUUUACAAAAUCAUAAUUAUUUUUUUAAAUAUUACAAUACUUGUCCCAGUAUGCAUGAUCCAAAAUGUCAGCUCCCAUUACACUUCCGGAAAAAACAAAUGUCUAACAUUUCUAGUUUAUUAAAGUUAAAAACCAUAAAUAAUGUAUUUAAGCUGUUGAUUUAAACAUAACAGUUUAAACAUCUUAAGCAAUGUAACAACUCAAGGCUGUGUUGCAUUACCAACUACAGUAGCAACUAUAUUUUUUUAUAGAAAGUUCUGAAUAAUGUCGGGUAAUAAUGGAAGAGCUAGAACUGAGCAACAACCGGAGAUUGCUGACAGUGGAGAUGACGACUUUGAGGACUUUGGUGGAUUUGAGGCUGCAGAACCUGUCCCACAUAUGGCCACAUCUCAAGCUCAGCCAUCUGAUUCACCAUGGGCUAUCUUUAAUGCAGGCAGUGCUCACGGUAGACCUGAUCUGCUUUGUGCUCAGAACCGGUUUCCUACUUACCUUGAUCCAUCUGAUAUAUCUGGGGCAUCAGCAGAGGGUGUGGACUACCAACACAUAAAUUCCAUUGGAAAUAUUGUUGAUCAGCAGCCACUAGAUUUAUUUGGAGAAAAUCAACUUGACCAAGCUCGUAUAGCAGAAAAUGUGCUGGAUGGAACUUUACUAGCCGGUGCAGGGCCAGCAUUUCAUCAGAGUUUAGUCAAUGGAAGAUUGCCAGAUAUUGGCUUGGGAAUCAAUGAAAAUCGUUUGUUUAGUCAAGAGGAGCAGCAACAACAGCAACCUGCUAUACAGCCCAAUGAGGCUCUGUUACCACCACUGUUGCAAGAUGAAGGAGCUGCUGUGGGAGAUCUUUGGCCUGCUGAUGAACCAAGAAGAUUAGAUACUGAACAUGUACCCGAGCCUCAAGAAAAUCAGGUAGUUGAAGAUGCUGCCGCACUUCCUGAAGCUGAUGCAUCUGUUGCCAUCAGUAGAGUUACAGACAAAGCAUUUCAAGAGCAGUUGGCUGCCAUAGAGGAACGAAACAGUUCACUGGAGGCAGAACUUUCUAGAUGUCAGGAACAACUAGCAGAGCAGAGACAAAGGUUACAAGAAGUUCAUGCCACUCAAGAGAGUCAGCUUGAUAGCUUAAGAACUGCAGGACAUGACACACUAGCUCUGGUGGUUGAGCAAUACAAAGAGCAGUCAAGGGCUGUUGUGCUGGAACAGCAGGAAGUAGCUCAGCUAAAUCUUUUACAAACACUCCGUGAACAAAUGAAAAUUUUUCAGGAAACAUUACAAUCUCAGAAAGAAUUAUAUGAACGUCAAAGAGAAGAAGACAAGCAAGAGCUCCAACAUACAUUAGAAAAGUCGUUAGAUGAAGCACGUCAAACUCAACAGGAAAAGUUUGAUAAAUUUUUAUUGGAAGAGCAGGAAAAGCAAAAGAAAGCAAUUAACAAGGCGGUUGAGGAGGAAAGGAUUAAUAGCCAAGAACAGAUUCGAUUGGCAGUUAUUGCUGAACAAGAAAAAACAAAAGCUGCCAUUGAAGAAAUUAAGGCAGAGUAUUCUCUCAAGUUGGAGGAAGAAAAAAAAUCCCAUGAGUUAGCACUUCAGGCAGCGAGAGAAGAACAACAGAAGAUUGCACAUGAAGAAAUAGUCCGUUUAGUAAAUGAGGAGAGAGAAAGAGGAAGAGCAGGAAUAAGAGAAGCGUUGGAGUUAUCUCGCGUGGAAACACAAGCUUAUAUUAAUGAACAAAGACAGGCUGACUCGAGAGUUCGAAGGCGCCAUUUGGCAAGCUUAGAUUUAUUUUUAGAAAGCUCAAGGCAACAAAUAGAACUAUUGUUACAGUGUGAGAAAACAGAAUUACCAAUAUCAGAUAAGGACAAAAAGAAAGAAAACACAGAUGAGACAUAAGUGGAUUCAACUCAGCAUUUCUCUCUUAAUGUUUUAGUUAUACAAUUAUUAUGUACCAUACAUUCAAAGCUAUUUAUGUUCAAUAUUGUUUUGUGUUGGUGAAAUUGUUUUAUUUACAAUAGAUUUUAAAUUAGGUUUGUACUUAACUUCAAAAAAGUAAUUUUAAUUUUUGCAAUAAUUCAAUUUUCUUGAAAUUGACAAAAGAGCUUUAAAUGAUUUUUUGCAGUGCCUUAGUUGUUUAUGAGGGAGGUGCAAGUGUUAUAUAACAUGUCAGAGAUUAAUUUUUAAAUGUUGGCUACUUGCUAUUCAAAAUAAUUAUGUUAAGAUAGUUUGUGUAUAUAAGUAUAAGCACAAAUAGCUUUAUUAUCAAUCCUGGUGCAAUGGGUUGAUUUAUUCUGGUCAGUCAAAUGUAUUUACUUUAUUUUUCAAUAAGACAAAGUUGAUAUUUGCUCACAAAAUAUAUAAUUUAAGCAUAGUUGCUUGGUAUUUUUAAAAAGAUAAAUUUAAUUUUGCAUUUUUAAUGGCAUAUGAAAAAUGUAUAUGAAUAUCAAUCAAUUCUACCUAUUUGUACAACUUAAUGUCUCUGUUUACGUAAUUGUUUAAAAAAAUAAAAUAAUAAAAUGGCAAAACGUUUUAGAAAAAGAUUUUAUAAAUAACAGAUAUUAUUUUUAUAUUUUAAAUGUAUACUUUUUAGAAAGUUUUUGUCAAACAAAUACCAGUUUUUAGUUUUUAUGGGAAGUGUUUGAGUUAAAUCAGGCAUAAGACAAAUUAUCUUUUUCUUCAAGAUUUUCAUACCAGAUAUUCAUAUUGCUCUUUAUUUCCAUGGUCAUCUCCUGUUUAGUUUUUAAACAUUUCUCUUAGCAUCAAAACUAUCUAAAUUAGAAUUAUGUUCAGAAAAGUAUGAGCUUCAGUUGUACAUAAUUAUCUUUACAUAACCAAAAUUUGUUUGGUGUUGUCAUAAUUUGGACAAGAGCUGUAAAAUUAACUUUAGUGUCCAGUUUUAUUUUAUGUAGCUAUUUACAUAAAUAAUAUAUUUGAUUGAUGUUAAGCUUGAGUGCUAAAAUGGUAAUAUUAUUUUAAAAUUAUGCAUUGCUCAGAAAAAAUGCAUCCAUCUUUAAUUAGCUACACUUUCUAUAAACAGUAUGCCUUUCUUUAGAACUCAAAAAUUAAUUUAUUAUUGUACAUGUAUGUAUUUUAAUAAACUAUAUCAGACGGUUGGUAAUAAUAUACAUAUUUCCUAAAAAGUUAAUGUUUGUGCAAACAGGCUUGUAAAAAUACUUGAAAUUAGAUAUAGAUCUAGAUCUAGUUAAAUGUAUUUUUUUGUUACUUGUUUAAAUAUUAAAAUAGUUUUAAUAAAAAUGUAAAUAUGUUGAAAAUAUGCUUUUAUCAUAUUGAGUACUUAAAUAUCAUUUAUUUAGACAAUUUUUUUCUGUAUUAUAUAAACUACAGAAGGUUUAUAAUCAGCAGUCAUAUCAGCAUUCUUCUCUCAAUUCCAAGUGAUACAAGGUUAUUGAAGCACAGUACACCUAUUACUAUGAUUUUUUUUUAAAUUUCCAGGUGCAAAUCUCUAAAGUAACUAUUAGUACACAAAACCUAACCAAAUUAUUUAUGGAAAAUUAAUAUACCACGGUGUCGAUUAUUUAAAAUUAUAAAUUAAUAUGAAGCAAUACAUUUUUGUAUAAAGAAGAACUCCAUAUUCUGAUAUCCUUCAUUUUUUUUCUUUUGUUAAUACAUUGUAAAAUAGAAUCCUUGUUCAGUAUGCAUAAUUACUAUGGGUCUAUAAUUCAUUCUCUAAAAUACUUAUUUUAGCAAAUCAUGCAAUGAUUUUCACCUAUAUCUUUGAUACUAUUUUAGAGUUUAACAACAUAUAAAAUGAUGGGUUAUAAUAGUGAAACAAAUGAGUAUACCAGUUCAUUUAACAUGAAUACAAUAUUGCAUUGUGAUGGUUUUAUUUUCUUGUAAAAAGUUUUAUUUUUGUUUUACUUUUAAAGUAACUCAUUAAAAAAUGAUUGUAUGUAUUUAAAAACUUUUUAGUCUUGAGGGAUACCUGUGUAUGUAAGCACAUAUAGUGCUGUUGUAUAAUAAUAAAUUCUAUUGAUUUUCAACAAUGUCGUAUCAAUAAAGUCAACAAAAUAAUGUGUUAAUUCAGGAAAAAAAUAGUUAAAUAAAUAUA